UCUACGUCUUGUCCCACGACCUGCUUUGUCUUGACAUGAUAAUUAAACCUAACAGGGCAAAAUUAAAUGUUUAGCAAGAAAUAGUUGUGAUUUUGUUUAAAGCUAGAGAGUAAUAUAGGAAAACUACAAAGUGGAUCGUAAUAAUGGGAAAAGGGCCCUUCCAUUCGAUGAACCGGAGGAGAAAGAGGAAGAUUACAUCUUCCCAGUCUACUCGGCUCGAUCUCAACAAGAUAUGACUGCAAUGAUCUCUGCCCUUGCUCAAGUUAUGGGAAGUAGUACCCAAAAUAAUCCAAUUCAUGAUAUUCCAUUAGCUAUACCACAAUCCAAUACACAAGGGCUUCAUCCACCACAACCACAGACAGUUCAAGACCAAGGGAGCACACGGAGAAGACACUAUAGAGGCGUGAGGCAAAGGCCGUGGGGCAAAUGGGCUGCAGAGAUAAGGGAUCCAAAUAAAGCAGCAAGAGUUUGGUUAGGUACUUUUGACACUGCAGAAGCUGCGGCACUCGCUUACGACGAAGCAGCUCUUAGGUUUAAAGGAUGCAAAGCUAAGCUCAACUUUCCUGAAAGAGUGCAAGGCAGAACCCAGUCAGGUUUCUUGACUAAUAAUCGCCAACAACAACAACAACAACAACAACAAACCAAUAACAUUACACCUCCUCGACACCCACAAUCACGACAAGAAGUUUUUCAGUAUCCACAAUAUCUUCCAGGCGGCUUAAUGAACUAUUCUAUGCCGCCUGUGGGUCCUUAUUAUAAUGCUGGAAGAAAUCCAGUUCCUUCAACAACUGCAUCUUCCUCUUCAGCAUCAUCGGUACCUUCUCAUCAUGAACAAGAAGAGCUACUACUGAGACAUUCUAUGCAGUUUGGAAGUCCUUAUUCUCAUUCUAAUCCUUCUACUGAUCACUCAUCAAGAGAAUAGAAGGCAAGGGAGCUUCAAGUAAUUUCUGAUUAUGAUUUCAUAGAUGUUGUGUUUCCUUUAAUUAUCAGCUAUUGCAAUUUUUUGCUUUUUACCCCUUCCUAGUUCAUGUAUUCCCAUUUGGGUAAUUGAAGUCAAGAAGAGUGUUGUUUUUA